AGUAUAAGUUCUUAGCCUUCUGGUGUAUAAAUAUGAGUCGAUGAUGUUGGAGAGAACAGAGUCGUGUCCAAGUCCAACAAUUUUCUAUGACUGAAAAAAAAAUUAUUCUGUUGGUUGGUGAUAGUUCGUUCCAAAUGGGAAAACGAUUAGGUUCAAAAAAAGACUUGAAUUGAUUGAGUCAUUGCAUCCCUAGUGUGUAUUUAAAGUGACUAUACUCUCUAGAUUGAUCAAGAGGAGUAUAUCCCGAACCAUAAGUGCUAAAAUGUCUACAUCCGCACCACCAAAUGCUACUUUUAGUAGAGAAUCAUUAGAACAAGUGUUAAAAAGAAGAUUCUUCUUUGCUCCCGCUUUCGAGAUUUAUGGAGGGGUCUCUGGUUUAUAUGAUUAUGGUCCACCAGGUUGUGCUUUCCAAGCUAAUAUCGUUGAUACUUGGAGAAAACAUUUCAUCUUGGAAGAAGAUAUGUUAGAAGUUGAUUGUACUAUGCUUACUCCUCAUGAAGUUUUAAAAACUUCAGGUCAUGUUGAAAAAUUCGCUGAUUGGAUGUGUAAAGAUUUAAAAACUGGUGAAAUCUUUAGAGCUGAUCAUUUAGUUGAAGAAGUUUUAGAAUCAAGAUUAAAAGGGGAUAAAGCUGCUAGAGGUAUUGCAGUUGAAGCAGGAGAAGAAGAUGAUGAUAAAAAGAAAAGAAAGAAGAAAGUUAAGGAAAUUAAAAAUAUUAAAUUAGAUGAUGAAGUUGUUGCUGAAUAUGAAAAUAUUUUAGCUCAAAUUGAUGGUUUUUCUGGUCCUCAAUUAGGAGAAUUAAUCAUUAAAUAUGAAAUACAUAAUCCAACUACUAAUGGUAAAUUAGAACCUCCAGUUGAAUUCAACUUAAUGUUUGAAACUGCUAUUGGUCCAUCCGGUAAUUUGAAAGGUUAUUUAAGACCUGAAACUGCUCAAGGUCAAUUUUUAAAUUUUAAUAAAUUAUUAGAAUUUAAUAAUGAAAAAAUGCCUUUUGCUUCUGCUUCAAUUGGUAAAUCAUUCAGAAAUGAAAUUGCUCCAAGAGCUGGCUUAUUAAGAGUUCGUGAAUUCUUAAUGGCUGAAAUUGAACAUUUCGUUGAUCCAGAUGAUAAAUCUCAUGCUAAAUUCGAUCAAGUGAAACAUAUCGAAUUAAGUUUCUUACCUAAGGAAGUUCAAGAAUCUGGUUCAACUGAACUUAUUAAAAAAUCCAUUGGUGAAGCCGUUGCUACUGGUUUAGUUGAUAAUGAAACUCUUGGUUAUUUCAUCGCUAGAAUUUAUUUAUUCUUAAUUAAAAUCGGGGUUGAUGUCAAUAGAUUAAGAUUUAGACAACAUAUGAGUAAUGAAAUGGCCCAUUAUGCUUCUGAUUGUUGGGAUGCUGAAUUACAAACUUCUUAUGGUUGGAUAGAAUGUGUUGGUUGCGCUGAUAGAUCCGCUUAUGAUUUAACUGUUCAUGCCGCUAGAACUAAUGAAAAAUUGGUUGUAAGACAACCAUUAGCUGAACCAAUUACUAUUGAACAAUUUGAAAUUGAAAUUGCUAAAAAGAAAUUCGGACCAAAAUUCAGAAAAGAUGCUGGUGCCAUUGAAAAAUGGUUAUUAAACAGAUCUCAAACUGAAUUAGAAAAUUUCGGUAAAGAAUUAUCUACCGCUGGUAAAAUCUCUGUUAAAAUUGAUGGUGUUGAAGGUGAAACUGAAUUAGAUACCGAUUUAAUCAAGAUUGAAAAAGUUAAAAGAACUGAACAUAUUCGUGAAUUCACUCCAAAUGUGAUUGAACCAUCUUUCGGUAUUGGUCGUAUUAUUUAUUCAAUCUUUGAACAUCAAUUCUGGUCAAGACCUGAAGAUGCUGAUAGAGGGGUUUUAUCAUUACCUCCAUUAGUAGCUCCAACUAAAGUUUUAUUAGUUCCAUUAUCAAAUAGUGCUGAUUUAAAACCAGUAGUUGAAAAAGUUUCUAAUUUCUUAAGAAAACAACAAAUUCCUUUCAAAGUUGAUGAUUCUUCUGCUUCAAUUGGUAAAAGAUAUGCUAGAAAUGAUGAAUUAGGUACUCCAUUCGGUAUUACCAUUGAUUUCGAAUCUGUUAAAGAUGAAUCUGUUACUUUAAGAGAAAGAGAUUCAACUAAACAAGUUAGAGGUACUUAUGAAGAUAUUAUUGCUGCCAUUAAAAACAUCACUUAUUUUGGAUCUUCAUGGAAUGAAAGUACUGCUAAACUUACUCCAUUUGAAACUCAAGCCACUGACGCCUAGAUUACUUGUAUAAACUGUUCC